CAACCCAUCAACAAAUUCAUUUAUUAUCAUCAACAACAAAAAGCUUUAAUCAUAACUUCAAACAAACCCUAAGAUCCAUUCUCCCAAUUCAAUCCAAACACUCAAAAUCACUAAAAUCCAAAACACACCCACUUAAAUUCACACAAUUCGGAUUCCAAGAAACCCAAAACCCCCAAUUUUCACCACAAAAUCACUCCAAUUUCGAUGUAUCAUCAAGAACCCGACUGGUCAACCGCCGUAGCGGCGGAGUCCACGUGGAGUCGAUACGAAGACAAGCUGUUCGAAGAAGCGUUGGUGAGGUACCCGGAUGACGUCAUCGGCCGGUGGCAGUUGAUCGCCAACGCCGUUCCUGGUAAGACGCCGGAGCAGGUGCGAGCUCACUAUGAGGUGCUUGUUCAUGAUUUGUUUCAGAUUGAUUCCGGUCAGGUUGAGUUACCGAGUUAUGUUGAUGACGGUGACGAGUCGGUUCUGAGUUGGGAUCCUGAGUUCCGAGCGAGUCAGAUCUCGUUCGGAGGUAAAGGUUCGAAAAACGGUGAAAUUGAACGGAAAAAAGGGACUCCGUGGACGGAGGAGGAGCAUAGGCUGUUUUUAAUUGGACUGCAACGGUACGGAAAGGGGGACUGGAGGAGCAUUUCGCGAAACGUUGUCGUAUCGCGUACACCGACCCAAGUGGCAAGUCAUGCGCAGAAGUAUUUUCUGCGGCAGAAUUCGAUGAAGAAAGAGCGGAAGAGGUCGAGUAUUCAUGACAUCACGACGACGACGGAUACGGUGGUGGUGCCGCCACCGCCGCCAGGGAGUUUCGGAGGUGGAGGAGGAGGGUCAACCGGGCAAUUGGGGUAUGAGCAUAACUUUGGGUAUACUAUGUAGAAGAAGUACAUAUUAGGGGGUUGUGUAGAUAAAUAUUAUAUGGAGAAUGAUAUUAUUAGUUUAGUUUAAAAAUUAACAACCCAUUGCCAUGUGGUUUAGGUUUUAGAAGUUUAGAUAGUUGUGUUUGGAUAUGUUGUUAUAAUUUGAUUAAAAUAAGAAUAUAAUAAAUGUUGCGAUAUUUUACUAGGAUAUUUCGGUUGAAUUGUGGCGUGACAUGAAUUUGGAUUUUGAUUUUGUAAUUGGAUUAUGAUUUUGUAAUU